UCAGUUCGAAAACAACUCUUGGACGAUUUGGUAUGCGCUGAUGCAUUUUGGGUGAAGACCGGCAAAAAUCGACUGAAAACAACCGGGCCAAAUGUGAAUCGGCGCGACAUCAAAGUGCUGGAUCGAUUCCGGAGGAAAUUUACCAUUUUCUUGCCAAGUGAUCAUUUGAAUAACAACAAUAAUAGUCCAGUGCGGAGCACCCGUUUGGGAUGAGGCGGAAAAGGGCAGUGAUAUGGACAGUCCUUGCAUUUACCACCUACUUUGCGGCCGCUCAAGAUGUGAACCAAUACAACGAUCCGUACAACAGAUAUAGUCCAACAGGAACGCCUAACGACCCGCAAAGAUCGCCGGCGCCCGACCUCCGGUAUGGCGAUAAAUACAAUCCACCUCCAAACCACCUGGAGCCCGUCGAUCCCUACAAUAAGGACAGAGAUUUGUUUAGUACGGACUCCAAUAGGGAUAGGGAUAGAGACCGAAAUAAUCAGGGACAACUUUGAUGGACCACGGGGCAAUCAGCGCUCCUACGAGGGGAGCUACAGGGAUGAUCCGUAUGAUAACUACUACGACACUUACGAGCGCUACAACAAGCCGUUAGUGGAGAAGUAUUACAAUUUCCACGAGGAGUUUCCCUCCUGGAUGCCACGGAUGGAUUAUUGGGAGCCGAUUCCCAGCUUGAAAUUUUUCUACGGGACAUACGCUUUUAAGUUUCCGAUUGGGGGUUUGUUGGAGCACGUCUCCAGCUUGGAUGGAAUGGAAGUGAUUAUCACCGCUACAGUUGGGGACCGAUUCUUGGACGAAGUGAUCGAAGGAUACUCCAGUGCCCGAAUAUCGAAUUCAACCGUGAAACUGAAAUUUCUGGGUGAUUCUCCGCAAGUGUUCAAGCCUGGGAUGCCAGUGACCACCUAUUUGGUGGCGUCGUUCCACGAUGGGUCUCCAUUGUCGCAGGCGAGUCUUCAGAGCAGUUUCAUGGAGGUGACUGCGUACGUGGAGCGGCAAGGUGGAGGCAGGAGCGAAAUCGCCACGAAACGACUGUAUCAAAUGGAUGAAAAGCCUGGAGUCUGGGAGUACCAGAUCGACUUGAAAAGGGAAUUAGGUUUAUACGGGCCGAGGGCCUUUGAGGAGUUGAGCCAGUUGAACAUAUUGAGGAUCCAGGCAACUUUCAGAGAUGACUACACCAAUCAACACGCUAACGCGGAGCUUCUAAUGCAGGCUCAUUACAGCCACAACGAUCAGCAUGUGAAAGUCACCACCAGCACCAUAACGCCUCAGUUCUUCAUCUUCAUUAAGGCCCAGGAUGCCGCCCAAGUCUACAUUCCUAUUGUGCCCACCAGGCUUGGAGACAUCCACGUCACGAUUUAUGCUUCUACGCUCAUCGGCAAGGAUGAAAUCACCAGGAAACUUCAUGUGGAAGCCGAUGGCUUGCCACAGCACCGACAUCAAUCAGUGUUGCUCGAUCUCAGCAAUCGAGCCUAUACAUUCCAGUAUAUGCAUGUGAACAUCACUGAAACCCCCAUCAUUCCCUAUGAAUAUGAUCGGUACUACGUUUAUGGAUCGAACAAGGCGAGCAUUUCCAUAGUGGGCGACGUGGUUGGCCCGAUAUUUCCCACCAUGCCUGUCAAUGCAACCUCCCUGUUGCACCUACCCAUGGACUCUGCUGAGCAGAACAUGUUCUCUUUCGCCGUCAACAUGUACACUUUACUGUACAUGCGAUAUACGCAGCAGAAGAACAAGACAUUGCAACGGGAUGCUUUCCAUUAUUUGAAUGUGGGCUAUCAGCGCCAACUGAGCUUCCUCCAGCCUGAUGGGAGCUUUUCCACGUUCAGAAGCGACUGGAACAACUCAGCUUCUUCAGUUUGGCUCACGGCGUACUGUGCAAGAAUUCUGCAGGAGGCCAGUUUCUACGAGUGGGAGAACUACAUUUACAUCGACCCCGUGGUUAUUGCUAGAGCCGUUGAGUGGGUGCUGAAGCACCAGACUGAAGAAGGGUCCUUCUAUGAAACAACGUGGAUGCCGGACAGAAAAUAUAACUCGUCUUUAAACUUCGAUAGAAAUUACGGAGUAUCGCAGAGGAAUAUCACCCUUACAGCCCAUGUUUUGAUUACCUUGGAGAGCGUGAAAGAUUUGACUAGUGGUCUGAGCUCAAAAGUGGACAUUGCUGCCAAGAAAGCGAUCCAAUGGCUGGAACGGAACAUGGACCUGAUUGAGGACAAAGGGGACACUUUUGAUACUGCCAUUGUAGCUUAUGCGCUGAUGAAAAUCAAGGCUCCCAAUGCCGAGCGGGCCUUCAUUGCUUUGUCCAAGAAGAGCACCUUGGCAGGCGGAUUGCUCUAUUUCGCGCGCAAGAACGUUCCACAACCACCAUUUAAAAUGGAAAAUCAACGGCCUUUCCUACUGCCUCGCUUACCGUAUGAAUACGACAGCGAAAACAUCGAAGCUACCGCAUAUGCCUUGAUGGUGUACGUCGAAAGGCAGGAACUGUGGGUCGAUAAUAUUGUCAGAUGGCUCAACACACAACGUCUUUGGGACGGUGGAUGGGCCUCAACCUCUGAUACAGCCAAUGCUAUGAAGGCGCUGAUAGAAUACACUUCGGCUCAAAGAAUCAGGGACAUUUCCAGCUUGUCGGUCAAAAUAGAAGCCACGUCGCUACCAGGCAAAAGCCAACUACUUUACGUAAACGAUAAGAACCGGGCCAGAUUGCAGCAUAUUGAAAUUCCCAAUGCCUGGGGAACGGUGAAGGUGGACGCAAGAGGCACUGGUUAUGCGAUUCUACAAAUGCACGUUCAAUACAACGUGGAUAUUGAAAAAUUCCAAACACAACCUCCGGUAAAGGCGUUCGAUCUGGUCACUAAGCAGUUCUUCUAUGGAAGAAAUCAGUCGCAUAUCACCUACGUGAGCUGCCAGAGGUGGACAAACCUGCACGAGUCCGAGCGGUCGGGAAUGGCCGUUUUAGAUGUAACGAUUCCCACCGGUUACAUCGUCCAGCAGCAAGACCUGGACGCGUAUAUCAUUUCGCGACGAGUCAGAAACUUGCAAAGGGCCAAGUUUCACGAAAGAAAGGUGUUCUUCUACUUUGACUAUCUGGACAGUGAGGACACGUGCGUUAACUUCACAGUGGAAAGGUGGUUCCCAGUGGCGAAUAUGUCCAGGUAUUUAGCCGUCAGGGUCUACGACUACUAUGCCCCCGAGCGCUUCAACGAGACUCUAAUCGACUCUCUCUCAUCGUAUGCGUUGGAUAUUUGCAACGUUUGCGGCAGCUCUCAGUGUCCAUAUUGCUGGAUAUACAAUUCAGCAACCCGACUUUCCGUGCCUCUUUUCACGCUGAUUGCCGCAAGUUUUGUGCUAUUGCUCAGGAACAUGAGAUUUAUGCAAUAUUUCGACCAUUUCGUGUAACUGAACACGAGUACUGACAAAAAAACGCUCCAGUUUGUUCGACUGAGAAUGGGGUGAUGUAGUUAGUGUAUAAAGCAAUUGUAAAAAAUGCCUGAUCAGUAGUAGAUAAAGCGUAAUUUUAGCGCGUUGAGGAAAGUACAACAUGCAAAGUUCACAACUAUUCCUUGUCCUCCUACAAAUGUACAUUAGAAUUAAGUGGCAUGCAGGUCGUCAAUUGUCCCGGCGCCGUUUCACACAGUAAUAAUGAUUUUUCAUCAGUAACUUUUGGCUUAAGGAGAAAGUGUUUUAGGCAGGUUUUUCUUAGGCAUGAAAAAUCAUUAUCGAUGUUCUCUGCACAUGGUAGCUGAGUUUGUACAAUAUAGCGCAUAAGCUGUAGUGUAAAAAGCGCAGUGUAUUUCACAACAUUAUGGCUUCGCCUGUUGGCUUAAGAAACCCCACGUGUACUUGCUAGCGAGUACAUCUAGAAAUAGCGAAAAUUGCAUUGCAACGUCGAGAUUCCUCUUGAAGUCUACAGAACAAAUUUAAGGUAUAAAUCGGUAAAUUACCAUGACUAGUUGUAAGGAAAGUCAAUCUCAUCGACCAGCCGUUGUGUAUUUAACGCUGUUGAGAAACAGUUUUUUUGCUUAAUUGUAAGCAAAUACAAAACUUGUGCUCAUUUAGUCUCUAAAACCGUCCAUUGGCAUCAGCCCUAUCGGGUUGAUUCCAAAACUCGCUAAUUUAUAGAGAUUAGACCAAAAUAUUUAAUAUAUUUCCGAAGAUCUUUUCCUGAUUGAAACGAAACUGUUCAGAAGUUGAUGUUGGUUUCACUCAGGUGGAGCUCUUCAUAAUAAUUAACUUAAGAUAAUUAAGAUUUGUUACAUAGUAAUUUUUUAUACUUUGUAAUAUUGUUCCCGACGCGCUUCGUCCAAGCGUUUACGGCAAGUUUAAUUAAUCGUGUGCGGUCAAUUCUACGUUUAUUUUGUCAAAUCUAAUUCUUUGUUCCGGUUUACUUUCAGUUGUUUUUCAUUUAAAUAUACAUGGGGGCUUUCACAAAAGCUCGUCCUCAAUUUUUUUGAUACGUUGGAUGUUGAUCGAUACUCAUUUUGGAAUGUACAUAAUUAGUUGUCUCAUUUUCCUACGUAGGUUUUGUGAUAAGGACGUGAAUUUAAAAUGAAUAUGUUAUAUAGAAAACACGUUGAUCUUAAAGAAUCUCAUUUUUUACAAC